UCUAAUUUGAUACAAAGAAAACUAUUCACGUAAAAUUGAAUAGAAAUCGCACUAGUGUAAAUGAAUUUCUUUUCAAACAUUAUUUCUAAAAUUUCAUUUACAAGUUUCAUUGAAACAAGCAUUGUAUUUCGGAAAAAAAAGGAUCAAGUUAUUGAUAUUAAUUUUGGUAACAAAACAGCAUAGGUUUUACCUGCAACGUUUCAAAAGUAUAUGUUUUGAUAGAUCGAAGUUGCACAUAGAAGAAAAAUUGUAAAGCUCUACAUCGACGGGAAAUUCCUAGACAACCAAAACAUCCUGUGAUGGACUUUUAAAUGUCUCCAAUGACGACAUAAUUACAAGCCGCGGACAAUGACUUCGGCGGAUGGUCAUCUCAGUUUUAUGUAUUUAACGCCCCAAAUUAACUGAGACACCCAAAGGAAGCCAUAAACAAGAUGACCAGAACGGCUGUAUCACUGCGGACCAAUGAAUCUUCGCGGGAUUUUGUGUUCUUGCACCAAAUCCAGUAUUUUUCAACAUUAAGAGGAUUUCCAAGACCAAACUCGUCUUAUGAUGUGGAAAGGGAUAAUUUUUCUUGUGUCAGAAUCUCUCUCGAAUGAAGACAGAUCUUAGCUUCCUACGUUUGCUUUGCAAACUUCAGGAAUUCCUAUAACAUUGGUUAUGUCUGAGCUGACAGAAAAGUCUAUUCUCUGCCGCAUCACGGAUGGACUGGACCUUUAUUUCCCGCCUUUCCUGAUCGUGUCGGGUGUCGUCUGCAAUCUGUUGGUUGUGUUGGUGAUGAGGAGCGCCUACUUUCGUUCACUAUCUACGUCUUUCUACAUGAUGGCCAAUGCAGUCGUUGACACUUUUAGUUUGAUCAGUCUUCUUACGGUCGACUGGUUAAAUGUAAACUACCCCUCAACCAUUUACAGGGGCCCUGACUCCCACUACAUGUGUAAAUUCUUCCACUUCUUUGGCUGGGUGAGCAGUGAUGUUGGGGUUCUAUUAACAAUGGCGAUGACGCUCGAAAGAGGUCUCGCUAUAACCUUUCCUUUGCAAUCUUCAUCCUGGUGCACGACGAAGCGAGCGAAGCGCGUCACCGUUCUGGUCUUCAUCUUUGCUUCUAUCAAAGACGUCAACUUUUUGUUCACGUCUGAUACCUAUGCCCUAUACGAGUCCGAUCGCCUGUGUUACGUGUACCUCGAUUCAGCAAAUCUAGAAAUAUUCUGGAAAUUUGUUUGGCCAUGGAUUCACAAUGUUUUUCUGAUUGUAUCAUUCGUCGCAAUUAUCAUCAGCAACAUCAUCAUCAUUCGCCAUAUCAAGAUGUCGGACAAGAUCAGAAAGGCUCAGCACCAAUUAUCCGCCUCCUCCGCGACAGACUGCGUGACUAAGGCUGCCAGACUCAGACAAGGUUCCCGUAAGAGACAGGUGGCCACCAUGCUUUUAGUGGAUUCUUUUACCGUCAUCGUGUGCACGCUUCCAUUUUCAAUUUUCACGACCAUAGAUUCGAACGUCGUUAUUUUGGACGGGUCAAGUGGUGAACGGGAUUGGAAGCGGUUCAUAUCCUCCAUGUCAUUUUACUUACUGUACGUCAACAGGUGUGUGAAUUUCUACCUGUAUAGUUGGAGUGGUACACGGUUCCGUGAGGCCUUGUUGGUUGUGAUUGGUUGUAAGAAGAAUGAACAGAAAACACCCAGAGUCGCCACCAUUAGCUACGCUAAAGUAAAUAGUGUGCACACGUGUCAUUCCAUUGCAGAGUGAAAUACCUAUAUAGAUGUUGAGAUCGAGUCUAAAUUGCAAUCAAGACUAGUAAAAUAAAAGUUAUAAAGAUAAAGAAUAUAUACAGUAUUUGAUAAUACAAGACUUAGUCUUGUAAUGUGACACACUCAUUUAUUUGAAAACGAACUCCUUUGUAUCUUUACCCUUUUUCUUGUUUUGUUUUCCUGUUCAAUAUAAAUGUCUUUCUGUAUUUCAGUUUUAUCUUCAUGAUCGCAUUCGUAUC